AUGAAUGGCUCAGUUGACCGGAAGACCGUCUAUCUAGUGACCGGUGCAAGCCGCGGCCUGGGAAAAGGACUCAUUGCUGCAUUUCUCCUGCGACCGAAUAGUAUCGUCGUCGCUGGCCUUCGCAAUGUGGCCACCCAAGCAGCGACGCUCGAUGCACUUCCCCGAGGGCACAAUUCCGAGCUGAUACUCGUCCAGUUAGACUGCGCGUCUCGAACCGACCCCGAAGACGCAAUUAAAUUACUUCAGCAAGAUCACGGACUGACCUAUUUGGACGUCGUGAUCGCGAACGCAGCCAUCGCCGCAAACUACGGGCCAGCAUCCACCAUGCCUCUUGAGCACCUCGAAGCACACAUGCAAAUAAACGCUUACGCCGUCCUUCUUCUCUUCCAGGCCACCAGGCUCAUGCUCCAAGCAGCAGGAGCAGAAAACAACAGACCACCGCAAUUCAUCUGCAUUGGCGCACCAAUCAGCACAAUCACCGAGCUGGAAAGCUGUGCCCGGGCGCCACUGACAAACUACGCGCUCUCCAAGCUGGCAGCGUGCUACCUCGUGCGCAAAUUCCACUUUGAGAAUAAGUGGCUGCUCGCGUACAUCAUCGAUCCAGGACAUAUCCAAUCCGACAUGGGCGCCCAGGCUGCCAGGUUGUUUGGGCGGAAGGAGGCGCCGACCACCAUCGAGGAGAGUGUAACCGGAAUUUGUGCCAGGAUGGCUGAGGCCACCAAGUCGACGGUUUCUGGGCGUUUUAUUCUUUUCUCAGAUGGCUCAGAUGUUGCUUGGUAG